AUGGCGGUGGCCUUGUCACCCGAUCAAGAGUUGGCAACAAAGGCGUUUCUGGACGCUCUCAGUGAAGCGGGAGCUACGUGCGUGUCUCGUGCGACGGCCAUCAGGUUUCUGUUCGCGCGCAAGUUUGACGUUGCGCGGGCACACGCUUUGUGGCGGCAGCACGAGGCCACGCGAAGGCGAGAGGGGCUCACCAAGUUCGAACCCUUCGAAGAUCCACUUAAAACAGAGCUUGCUACCGGGAAAUUUACAAUAUUGCCUACCCGCGAUGCCACAGGAGCGGCGAUUGCAGUGUUCACAGCCAACAAGCACUUCCCGACACAGACUACGCAUCAGACUACAUUGCAGGGCGUGGUGUACCAAUUAGACGUGGCGCUACAGUCGCUGGAAACUCAACGCGCGGGCCUGGUGUUCAUAUACGACAUGACCGACUCCAAGUAUACCAACUUUGACUACGAACUCUCGCAGAAGAUACUCACCAUGUUAAAGUAUCAACACCUCACCCAUUUAGAUAUUGCUGCAAAAUACAUAGUCUCGAUACCGAGUUGA